AAAUUUUAUUAGAUUUAAAAAAUUAAAUUAUUUUAGUAUAAAAUAGAGGGGUGAAAUUCAUUUUGAUUAAAUAUUUUAUAAUUUAGUGACUGUACUUCGAGCCAACAAGAAUUUUCUCAUUGAUCUCUGUUUCUUCACUAAGAUUGUGACCUUUCCCCUAAGUUCCAACACUCGGUACACAAUUUCUCUUACUUUACCUUUCAUGAAAGCAGCUCAUGUCAACCCUCUCUUCAUCUACAUUUAUAUAUAAAAUCUGCCUAUCUAAAUAAGUACAGAGAAAUAAAUAUACAUAUAUAGCAUGGGAUUUGUCUCCCUUUUGUCUAAGAUAAAAAAUCUGGGUAGAUUUUGUUGGGUUUUUUAAGUGGAUAUCUUCAUAAUUUCGCUUCUUUAUUGCCAUUUAAAAUACCAUUGGGGAUGAGCCAUGGUUUUCAUAUAAGAGAUGAAAAAGGAAAUAUAAGCCGUGGUUUUUACUUUUUGUUUGUAGAGCUGAGAUUCUCAAGAACCAGAAGCAGAUACGUAGAGUUUUAACAUACAGAUACAGCUCCAUACAGAACCAGAAGGGAUUGAACAACACAUGAAGCAAAACCAACAGCAAGGUCGGAGAUUGAAGCCACUAAUGGCGGCCGAGCAUCAUCAUCAUCAACAACAACAACAACAGCACACACCUCAAAAGUGUCCUCGUUGUGAGUCUCGUAAUACAAAGUUUUGUUACUACAAUAAUUACAGUCUCUCGCAGCCUCGUUACUUCUGCAAGGCAUGUAGAAGGUACUGGACUCAAGGUGGAAUCCUAAGGAACGUGCCUGUGGGCGGUGGUUGUAGGAAAGGAAAGCGCCCCAAGCUUUCUUCUUCUGGUGAUGAUAAUCCAACAAGGCAAGCUACUCAACGAAACUUGAUAUCACCACCAGUACAAUUACAAGCCAAAGAGUCUGAUAGUUUGGUUUCAUCAUCUGCUGCUAUGGGAUCUUAUUAUCCUGCUAGUGGGUUCUUGUCAUCUUUGGCUGCAAUUCAACCAAUGAACCAACCCCAAUGUUUAAAGCAACCUCUAAAUCAGGCUCUACGUAUUGGUGGUGGUGACUUGGGCAGUAGUUCUUCAAAUUUGGGUCUUCUGCAGGGAUAUGGUGUCCCAUUUUUGGGGUCACAACACCAUCAGCAGACCCAGUUCCAAUGGCCCGCUGCAGGUAACUCUUAUUAUCAGCAGAAUUGGCAUCAAAAUUUCAUCAAUGAAGCGGUCACAAGCACCGCUAAAGUCACUAACACCAGUAACAGCAAAACUGCUUCUUCUUUGAGCCCAAAUCAAUGGCCUGAUCUUCCAGCUUAUGGUGCUCCAUAGGUAAACAGCUUAAUGUUGACGUCUAUAAACUGAAGACCAUUAAACCACACUUAUAUUGAAUCAUUUUGUUUGUCUGUUUAACUGCUAUUGUUCUGUCUGGUUUUAAUCUGGUUUUAACUUAGGUAAUGUUGGGUGUUGCUGUAACUGAAAGAAGAGCUUUGUUUUUAAUGCUGUCUAGAAUAUAGAUAUAGAUUUGAGCUGGAUUUGGUUUUGGUAUUGAUUUUGAACAUUUUAAUAUUAUAAAGUGGGAUGUUUUAUGUUUGA